AUGCCCCUUUCAACCCGCCGGUUUGCGGGAUUGCCCCCUCAAUACCCCUCCCAUCCCCCCCAACCCCACCGCCCUUCCUCCCUUCCUCCCCGCGCUCCCUCCCCCUUCCCUCUUCCUCUCGCUCCAUUCCCCCCUGGUGUGUCUCACCAUCGCCAGGCACUAGGGACAGGUGGUGAAGAGAGGGAAAAGUGGCUGGUUAUACCUGGUAAGAGAGGGCCAGUGGCAGGGAAGGAAGUAGGGGCACGUGGUGGCUGGGGCACGUGGUGGCAGGGGAACAUGGUGGCAGGGGCACGUGGUGGCAGGGGCACGUGGUGGCAGGGGCACGAGGUGGCAGGGGCACAUGGUGGCAGGGGCACGUGGUGGCAGGGGCACGUGGUGGCAGGGACACGUGGUGGCAGGGGCACGUGGUGGCAGGGGCACGUGGUGGCAGGGGCACGUGAUGGCAGGGGCACGUGGUGGCAGGGGCACGUGGUGGCAGGGGCACAUGGUGGCAGGGGCACGUGGUGGCAGGGGCACGUGGUGGCAGGGGCACGUGGUGGCAGGGGCACGUGGUGGCAGGGGCACGUGGUGGCAGGGGCACGUGGUGGCAAGCACGCAGGCAUUGAAUUGACGAGGCACAGCUCAUGGGUGACCUCCAUGUUGCCCCUGCCCACCUGCGGGGGCGUGGCCAGGUGGAUGGUGGGGGACAGACGGACGGGGAGGCAGAUGGAUGGCAUGGGCGGAGGCAGAUCGGAGGAAGGGGCAGGCACGGUGUGA